ACGCAGAGGCUGCUGGGAUUUAUCCGCUCAAGUUCCCGGAUGUGAAUGACGUCAUUUCUUUCAGCAAGAGAUCUGUGUUUCUGAGGUGAUUUUGCUGAUUUUUUCGCUGAAUUUCGUCUCCAAACCAGCCACAAAAUGUCUGAGACUGAUGCUCAGAAUGGUGAAGUGUCUGAAAAUGAAGCUAAUGGUGGUGAUGGGUCUGCACCUGAAGGAGGGGAAGGGUCGACAGGAUCUGGGAUCUCCGGGCUCCCUCCGCCGUCUGCAGCCGCCCACAACAAGAGGCUACAGCAGACACAGGCACAGGUGGACGAGGUGGUGGAUAUAAUGCGUGUGAACGUGGACAAGGUGUUGGAGCGAGAUCAGAAGUUGUCGGAACUGGACGACCGUGCCGACGCGCUGCAACAGGGAGCCUCCCAGUUUGAGACGAGCGCCAAGAAACUCAAGAGCAAGUACUGGUGGAAAAAUCUCAAGAUGAUGAUCAUUUUGGGGGCUGUGGUUCUGAUAAUAAUCGUAAUUAUUGUCCUGUGGGCAACUCAGUGAUGGGUGUGGGCGGUGACAUCGAACCAGUAAGGGGUGAAGACAGCGUGACAGAGCGAAACAGCAUUGUAGGAUAGUACAAAAUUAUAAAGCAUUCCUGUACAGGGCUGGAAAUUAACCUCACCCACUCCCCCACCCGAUGUGUAUAUGUACGUUUCUGCAGUUUGUGAAAUAGCCCUCAAUUUGGUGUGUUAAAGUUAUGGUACAGUACAUAUCAUUGUCCAGUGGAAGUGAAAAAUGUAAUCCAUGUACCCCAGAAGAAUUUCACUCUUUGGAUGUUGGAAUCGACUUUGUGCACUUACUAAAAAAGGAUAAAACCCAAGGGCAUUUAAAGUGUUGUUCACAACCGUAGUAUAAUCUGGUUUUGCGCUGUAUGAAUUACAGAAGCUCUGUGUUCUCCCCUUUCUCUGCAACAGAGAUUACUACACAAAAUAUGGGCAGUGUUAGUCCAGUCCUUAAUUUCCAUCCCUGUUGAAAGCUGUGAGAAUAUUUAAAUGUUGUAUAGGUUAUUUUCAUGUUCUAGCACCUAGGUUUGAAUGUGCAUGUUCACAACAGACAGAGCCGUUUCACUUCUGAAACUGUUCUAGGUGCAUGAGCAAUAGUUGGUAUGUCAGUCCAGUGUGCGUCAGACUUGGUGUGUGUGUGUGAAGUAGACUUUGGGGGGAAAAUAUAGCUAUAUGUUCUGUAAAGAGUUACAGACGAUUUUGCCAUUUUGAGGAUACCUAUGAAAAAUAUAAGCAGAACUGUAUCACUGUGUAAUAUAGGAAUGUAUUAGACAGAUAGAAUGGAAAGUAGAUGACAUAUGUCAAUGUAAUGAUAUUUGGCCUCCCAUGACAAGAAGUAUUCUUGGGAAAUGACUUUCUUCCAAAGCACAAGAAAGGAAUACAUUGUCUUGAACAAGCUUUUAAAAGGAUAAUCUUUACUGUAUAGUGGCUUGUCUUUUCGUUUGUAAAAUGUACCAGGCACUUACUCCAUAUGAUGAAACCUAUUUCCUUUGAUCCUAUUUGGCCAUGUUAAUUUCAAUAGAUGAACAACAUUUUAAAGAUGAAACGUUUAAAAGUUUGGUAGCAUUACCUGUAUGUAUCACAAUUUCUUUUAGAAGCUUGUUCAAACUGUUGCCUUUCUAGGACCAUGUUUUGUAUAGUUGUGUAGAUUCGUGUAUGUAGCUGGGGGUGAAUAAAAACAUAAGAUGUAUGAGUGAACUUUGUGUCUUGAAAGUGUACAAAAUAAGGCAAGGAAAGUCACCAAAUGUGACUAGAUAGUUUCCCCUAUUUCUAUUUAAGGCUUAUGUUUCUGUUGUUAACUAUGCAGAGAGGUGUCUUGAUGUAAUGCAUAUGAUUAUUAAUUAACUAUAAACCAAGAAAACAGGAGAAAAAAAAUACAGGUACUUUUAAUGUUAGACAAUCUGCAGUACGAGAUAUCAGCUUGUGUUUUAAUUUCCUGGCGUUUUGCAGCUGCAUGGUGACACGGACAUUUUUACAAGUAGGUCCUAGUUGUGAACAAUAACUACAGGCAAGCUGUUACCGAGUUGUUAUUUUGCUAUUUCUGACUCCCAAAAAGCAGUAAUCGUUGUUUCUUGUAUAUUUGUUUGGCCGUUUGCUCAUUUUGUGGCAAUGGUCAUGCACGUGUACUGAUGUUUUCUUCAACAAUCCGUUUCUGUUCUUUGUGAGCCAACAGACCAGAAUGUGUCACAGUGAUUUUAAAAAAAAUGUAAACAUUUCAUGCACCCCACACCCUCAAACAAUUUAAAAUAUUUUCCUGGGAUAAACAGUGGGAACCAAGUAUCACUGACUAAAGAAUUAAAUUUGAAUCUGCAUUUUCAAAAUGCCAUUUGUGCAUAAAAGAGGCAAUGUGCUUGUAACAAAUGGUAUUGCCACUGAAACAAGCGAAACUGUAAGAGUAGUCAGACAUGCAAGAGUUGUUUCUGUGUCUCCCUAUAGGACUCAAAGUAGCACAAUAGACUCCAAAAUGGAGUGUACUACUUCUGUCCUAUAACAUGACAGCAGGACAACCCUAGCAUGUGAUAUGACAGCUCAUUUUGUUGGGGUAAUAAAGUUGUGAAGGGCAGUACUUCUCAUUAGAUACUAGGGUGUUGGUGUGGGGAAUUUUGAUGAACUGAAACUUUAAUCCUAAGUUAUAUUUAUUGCCGCAGCUAGCUGCUCUUGCCUGUAGUUAUUGUCGCUGCAUUGUGCUGUGUAUAUUAGCUGUUCCUUGCUGAUUAUAGGUGCUAGCUGCUGUCUUAUCCACACUAGUCAUUCAGUGCUGUUCUCACCAGGCCAGCCACAGUGCAGUGUUAAGUCGUACAGAAUGUAUCGAGCCGCUAGUGUUCACAACUUGUCGGCAACAUCUAUUGUUAGACUCCCCUGAAAGAGAAAUUACACAGUCCCACAUGUUACACAUAAUG